AUGAGACAUCAGAAAAUAUUACAGGACAAAUUGCAAAGUCAAUUCGGAUAUAAUGAUUAUAAAAAUUAUUUACAGAAAGAAGCAACUGAAGCCGUUUAUAAAAACGAGAAAGAUAUUUACAUUUGUAUGCCAAGUGGUUUUGGAAAAUCAUUAUGUUUUCAAUUACCAAUAACAAUAAAGGAUAAUUCAUUUGCUAUUGUUAUUUCACCAACAAUAGCUUCUGCUACGCAUCAAGUAAAUUAUCUAAAAAGUAAACAAAUUUUGGUUUAUAAUUGGGAUGCUUAUACUUCAAAAAAAAUAAAAUUCAAAAUAAAGCAAGAAAUGAAAUCGAGAAGGCCAAAAAUAAAAUUAUUAUAUAUAACUCCUGAACAGUACAUAUCAUCAUCUUUUCAGAUAAUACUAAAAAAUAUACAACCAAAUGUAUUAUCUUACUUUGUUAUUGAUGAAGUGCAUUGUUUAAGUCCAUGGAGUCAUGAUUAUAGACAUUCUUAUAGAAAAUUUGUUGAAUGGCCACUUAAAAGACCAAAUGUACCGAUUAUAGCUGUUACAGCUUCAGCUACAAAAGAGGUUAUAGAAGAUAUUUUCAAAACAUUACAAAUGAAAGAUCCACUGAUUUUUACAAUGCCAGUUUUUCGAUCAAAUUUGUUUCAUGAUAUUUGGUUUAUUGAUAAUCUCCCAGAUCCAGUACAACAUUUAAAACAAUUUAUUGUUGAAAGCCUUGGACAUGUCGAUAUGUCUGUACCGAAAGUAAGCAUAUUAAUAUAA